AUGGCGCGGCCGGUGCCGGGAGCGCCCGGGGCCCCGCCGCGCUCGCCCGUCCCGCUCGUCCUGUGGCUGCUGCUGGCGACGACGGCGGCCGAGCUCGGCCCGAGGGCGCCCUGCGCGGACGGCUGCACUUGCGCCGGGGACUCGCUGGGCUGCGGCGGGCGCGGGCUGGAGACGCCGCCGCGGGACCUGCCCGCCUGGACGCGCAGCCUAAACCUGAGUUACAACAAACUUUCUGAAAUAGACCCUGCUGAUUGUGAGGACUUGCCGAAUCUCCAGGAAGUGUUCCUCAAUAACAACGAGCUGACAGCCAUUCCAUCCUUGGGUGCUGCCUCAACACGUGUCAUCUCUCUCUUUCUGCAGCAUAACAAGAUCCGCAGUGUGGAGGGAAGUCAGCUGAAGCCUUAUGUGGCCUUGGAGGUGCUGGAUCUGAGUUCAAACAACAUCACGGAAAUCCGGAGUGCCUGCUUCCCACACGGGUUGCUCAUAAGAGAGCUCAACUUGGCGAGCAACCGCAUCAGCACCCUGGAGUCGGGAGCAUUCGACGGUCUGUCCAGGUCCCUGCAGACUCUCCGCCUGAGCAAAAACAGGAUCGUGCAGCUUCCCGUGAAAGCGUUCCGGCUACCCAAGCUGACACAGCUGGACCUCAGUCGGAAUCGGAUCCGGCUGAUCGAGGGCCUCGCGUUCCAGGGGCUCCCCGGCCUCGAGGUUCUGAAGCUCCAGAGAAACAGCAUCAGCAAGCUUGCCGACGGCGCCUUCUGGGGGCUGCCCAAGACGCACGUGCUGCACCUGGAGUACAACAGCCUGGCGGAGGUGAACAGUGGCUCCCUCUACGGCCUCACAGCCUUGCAGCAGCUGCACCUCAGCAACAACGCCAUCGCUCACAUCCACCGUGACGGCUGGGGCUUCUGCCCGAAGCUGCACGAGCUGAUCCUGUCUUUCAACAACCUCACCCGGCUGGACGAGGAGAGCCUGGCCGAGCUGAGCGGCCUGAGCGUCCUACGCCUCAGCCACAACACCAUCAGCCAUAUCGCCGAGGGUGCCUUCAGGGGGCUCAAGAAUCUACGUGUCCUGGACCUGGACCAUAAUGAGAUCUCAGGCACUAUUGAGGACACCAGUGGUGCCUUUGUGGGGCUCGACAACCUCAGCAAACUAACUCUGUUGGGAAACAAGAUCAAGUCCGUGGCUAAGAAAGCCUUCUCAGGGCUGGAAGGCCUGGAGCACCUGAACCUCGGCGAGAAUGCCAUCAGGUCUGUGCAGCCCGAUGCCUUCACGAAGAUGAAACAUCUGAGAGAGCUCCACAUCCGCAGCGAGAGCUUCCUCUGCGACUGCCAACUCAAGUGGCUGCCCCCAUGGCUGGUGAGCAGGAUGCUGCAGGGCUCCGUGACAGCUACCUGUGCCCACCCAGAGUCACUGAAAGGCCAGAGCAUUUUCUCAGUGCCACCGGAGAGUUUCGUGUGUGACGACUUCCCAAAGCCACAGAUCAUCACCCAGCCGGAGACGACCAUGGCAGUGGUGGGCAAGGACAUUCGGUUCACGUGCUCAGCGGCCAGCAGCAGCAGCUCCCCUAUGACCUUCGCCUGGAAGAAGGACAGUGAGCUCUUGGCCAACGCCGACAUGGAGAACUUUGCACACGUCCGUGCCCAGGAUGGGGAAGUGAUGGAGUACACCACGAUCCUGCACCUCCGUCGUGUCACUUUCGGGCACGAAGGCCGCUACCAGUGUGUCAUCACCAACCACUUCGGCUCCACCUACUCGCACAAGGCCAGGCUCACUGUGAAUGUGUUGCCCUCAUUCACCAAAGUACCCUACGACAUCGCCAUCCGGACUGGCACCACGGCCCGCCUGGAAUGUGCAGCCACUGGGCACCCUAACCCCCAGAUUGCCUGGCAGAAAGACGGAGGCACGGACUUCCCUGCGGCGCGAGAACGGCGCAUGCACGUCAUGCCUGACGAUGAUGUGUUCUUCAUCACCGAUGUGAAAACAGACGAUGUGGGCGUUUACAGCUGCACGGCACAGAACUCGGCCGGCUCCAUUUCAGCAAAUGCCACCCUGACCGUCUUAGAAACCCCCUCCUUGGCAGUGCCCUUGGAAGACCGGGUGGUGACUGUGGGAGAAACCGUGGCCCUCCAGUGCAAAGCGGCCGGGAGCCCUGCUCCGCGUAUCACCUGGUUCAAGGGGGACCGUCCUCUGAGCCUCACCGAGCGGCACCACUUCACCCCGGGAAACCAGCUGCUGGUCGUGCAGAAUGUGGUGGUGGAGGACGCAGGCAGAUACACCUGCGAGAUGUCCAACGCUCUGGGCACAGAGCGAGCUCACAGCCAACUGAGCAUCUUGCCCACACCUGGCUGCAGGAAGGACGGGACUGCGGUGGGCAUCUUCACCAUUGCUGUGGUGUGCAGCGUCGUCCUGACGUCACUGGUGUGGGUCUGCGUCAUCUACCAAACCCGGAGGAAGAGUGAGGAGUACAGCGUCACCAACACAGAUGAAACUAUAGUGCCUCCAGAUGUCCCAAGCUGCCUCUCGUCUCAGGGGACUCUUUCUGACCGGCAGGAAACCAUGGUCAGGACUGAAGCUGGCCCUCAAGCCAAUGGGCACAUUGAAAGCAAUGGGGUGUGUCUGAGAGAUGCAAGCCUCGGUCCAGAGGUCGACGCUCACGGCAUCGUGUGCAGGCAGCCCAGGCUCUGUGUCGGCUAUUCAAAAGAGCCUUGGAAAGCGGUGGAGAAAGCCGAGGGGACAGCCACUCCGCAUAGACUAGCACACAGUGUCCCUGCCAUAUGCAGCACCGACUGCCACUCCCAGGAACAGGCCUUCCACCCUCAUCCUGGAUCCAGAGACACUGCACAGUCAGGUGACCGAGAACAUUCUCCACACCAUCCGUACAGUGGGACUGCUGAAGGGUCACACCCCAAAUGUGGGGGUUCCCUCUACCCCAGUAACCAUGACAGAAUACUGUCUUUGAAAAAACAGCCAGUGGCAACCUUGGAUGGGCAAGGGGCUCCAUGGACUUCAUCAAGCUUACAUGAAGCAGACUCUAUAGCCCUCCAGCCUUCACCCACGUUACCUUCAGGCAACUUGGAGGAUGCCGCCCCUCCCAGUGAAGCCCAGCACUUGCUUGCUUCCGACAGCCACCUCCCUGAGGCAUGUGACUCCAGUCCUGAGUCCACACCACUGGCAGGACAGCUCACUGGGAGACGGAGAGGACCGUUGCUGUCAGCACCAAAAAGCUAGGCUUUAUCUACCUCAGCUCUUGUGGUACCAGUCUCGACAGAACGGGAGGGAGGAGAGGCAGCCUGGGCUUAAGCACCACUGAUCUGUACAUAAUUCUAACUUCUGCUCCAAGGACUUGGAAGCACAGAGAUGCAAGAGGCUAUUUGUGUACAAAAGGAAGAAAAAGUAUUUGAUACCAUUGUACAUAAGAGUUUUCAUAUAUAUAUUAUAUAUCUUUUACAGAGGCUAUUUUAAUCCUUUGUGCAUGGUUAACAGCAGAAUUACAGUUUUGACAAUAUUAUUUUUCAUAUCAGGUUGCUAAUUUCUAAGGGGUCGGGAAUAGCUCUGGUGCCUUAAUGCACAGCCCACAUUUAGGGGCAGAAAGUUCAUUUGCCACUCACCGUUUCAAGCAGGAGGGAAGGCUGGCUCCGUGUGCAUGGCUGGGCAGUGUGUGUUACCUUGCCAGAGCAGUGGGCAGGACCGCCAAGCAGGGCCUCAUCCUUCUUUGCAGCUCAUUUUAGAGUUAAGGCAAAGGCUGCUGGUCUUAGUACCUGUGGAUUUUCUAAAAACACUACAUUGGGGGUAGACAAUUCUCACCUUUCGGAAUGAGAUUUCUACUAGGGAGCCAGCCUGUCCACACCAUUCCCUUACACAGUGGGUGGAGCUGGGCACAUUUGCACUUUUGGGACCUGCAGCUAACCAUCUUGUGAGUGCCAAUGUGUAAUUCAUUAAAAUUGCAUUGAAACAAACGAGGUCCUUAAAAUCUCAAAAAACAAAUUCCUUUAGCUAAAGGGAGUUACUGACAAAAUGCUGACCUAUGUGAGGUCCUCACUAUUCUGCACAGGUAGGUGAGUAAUGUUACUUCCACAAAAUAUGUGAACUUGCUGCUUCUGAGAGGCAAUGUGAAAGAGGAAGUAUUACUUUUUAUGUACAAAGUUAUUUAUUUAUAGAAAUUUUGGUACAUUGUACAUUGAAAAACAUGUAAAAUAUUGAAGUGUCUAACAAAUGGCAUUGAAGUGUCUUUAAUAAAGGUUCAUUUAUAAAUCUA